AUGCAGACCCCAAAGAUAUCGUCGUACGUGAAAUCGAGGUGGCAAGCUUCAGUCCCCCGUUGCUCUUUACCACGUUUUGUGUUCGGUUCUCCUCAGGAUGAGAUGCCCAACCAAAAGAAGUUGAUCAUUGACACUGCUCGCCCCGAAGAUCGAUCCCUAUCUUUAGCCGAAUACCGCAGUCUAUCUGUUCGUAUAGCUGUGGGUCUUCAACGGCUGAGAGGGCAACCUAAGGAUCGAGUUUUGUGUCUUUCGGGCAAUUGUGUAAGCUAUGCGGCUCUCUUAAUGGGAACGAUUAUGGCUGGGUGCAUUUUUGUGCCCGGUCAACCUGGUUAUGGUGACCGAGAGUUGGAGAAUUUACUCAUCGUUGCAAAGCCCUCGGUCAUCCUGACACAGCGGGUACACGCUGAUGCUCUACUGCGAGCUGCCAGAACAACCUCCUCUCUGGCUCUAGCUCGGCACGCUAUCUUCAUCUUUGACGAUAAUAUCCUCGAUGCUACAGGUGAACCUUACUUGGGAAUCCCCCACUGGCAGGACAUGGUAGGGUCUCCCGCCGAGAAUGAUUGGGAAUAUCCAGAUAUCCAAUCUCCUCAAGAGUACCACAGCACAAUUGUGAUCAUGUUCACCUCGGGUACCACUGGAAAGCCGAAAGGUGUGGAAAUCUCGCACUGUAACUACAUUUCAGCUGCCAUCAGUUAUAUGCAGCGAGUUUCUCGCCAUCCCGACUGGCAACAGGCCGCUCAAGAUACCGAGAAUCCUGCUCUAAUCCGUGUCUUGGGCGCACUUGGAAUGCACCAUAUUCUUGGCCAACGAUCCUAUAGUGUCAUAUUUCCCAAGCUUGGUGUCCCACUAUAUUUGUUGUGUCAGCCCAAUUCGAAAAACAUAUUGCAUGCUGUGGAGAGAUUCAACAUCACCGAUGCGAUCGUCCGAAGCUCAAUACUUACUGAAAUCGCAAAGAUCCCUCAUCUGAAGAGCCUCAUGGGCAGUUUGGGCUCUUUAAAAAGGGUGGAAGCGUGCGCUGCGCCAAUGCCGGAAUCAACCAAAACAAUUCUGGAGGACCUAGGGAUCGACCGCGUCACCCGAGUAUGGGGUUUGACUGAGCUCGGGUUGAUCACCGGUCACGAUAUGAACUGUUCUUCAACAUCCCACUCCGUGGGAGAACUACAUGCCAACUAUGAGGGCAAGGUGACCAACACCAGUAAUCCUAGCCAGAUUGUUCAUCGAAGUACCAUUGGCGAUAUCUGGAUCCGUGCCCCAAGCUGCAGCGUUGGGUAUUAUGAAAAUGCCGAGGCCACUCAGGACGCACAUGGGGCUGAUGGGUGGUUUCAAACAGGGGAUGUAGGAUAUGUUGAUGAAGGGGGACAGUGGUAUAUCGUGGAUCGUAAAAAGGAUCUAAUUAAAGUAAAUGGCAACCAUGUUGCACCGACGGAACUGGAAGCAGUUCUGCUCCGACAUCCGGAAAUUGUCGAUGUUGGGAUUAUAGGGGUCGCUGUAAACCAAGAUGAAGGACCCCGAGCCUAUAUUGAGACUACUACCCACUCUGUCCUAUCCUCCACCGAUAUCCACCAGUUCAUGGUCGACAAAGUAGCCCCGUAUAAGUAUCUCUCCGGGGGUGUUUCAUUCAUUCCUAGAAUUCCACGGAAUGUAAAUGGUAAAAUCCUACGUGCAGAGCUGCGAGAGUUGGCCAAAAAGGAACUUGGGGGAUCCAAGGGUCACUACCACGGAUGGCUUGUAUUCUGUGCCAGGUCGCGAACGAGUUGGCAGGGUUAUCACCUGCAUUGA